CCGCUUUCCUUCUAUCAUUCCCACGAGGCAGCAGGAGCAGAGAGCAGCCAUUGCUGUGUCUGGCAGCAGGAUUACACUAUAGUGAAGAAGACAUCCGGUGAGUGUGAGACACUCAGCAGCCAUCCUCGUGUGUCAGGUGGACUAAGCAGGACCCAGUGCUCCAUCGCGGUGCCUCCACCUCACUCACUGAUACAUAAGAGACACAAUGACCAGAAGCUCCUGGAACUCACCAACAAGAUCAUUCAGCUGCUGACUGGAGAGGAGGGGGAGUAUAUAGAGGAACACAGGGGUCUGUACAAGGACGUGAUGAUGGAGAAUCACCGGCCCCUAACAUCACUGGAUGGACCCAGUAACAGAGAUACCCCAGAGAGAUGUCCCCGUGCUCUGUAUUCCCAGGAUUGUACAGAGGUGAAUCACAGGACCCCACAGGAGGAUCAGGAAGAACGUCUGUCUGAUAUUAAAACAGAAGAUAUAGAGGGAGAACAAGAGACGUAUGUGACUGAUAUAAAGGCAGAAGAUAUAGAGGGAGAAGAAGAGAUGUAUGUGACUGAUAUGAAGGCAGAAGAUAUAGAGGGAGAAGAAGAGACGGAUGUGACUGAUAUGAAGGUAGAAGAUAUAGAGGGAGAAGAAGAGAUGUAUGUGAGGGGUGAUCAGCAGUGUAAGGAGGAGGAAAUCCCUACAGAUAUCAUCACAGCAGAUGGACACACAAGCAGGAAUAUCUCAGAAGGACAUCUAAUGUUAUCCCCGAAUUGUGAAAUAAAAGAUAAUGACAGUAGACAGGAUUCUCCAGAAGCUAACCCCAUUACUCCAAUUAUACAUCCAGCUCUAUCAGCUGAUCCCUCUGAUCCUGGGAAAUGUUCUCCUGAUCACUCUGAUAUUGGUGCAUCUGUUACAGCUCUGACAGUAGAUACAGUGUUUCCCUGUUCUAUAGAUGCCAAAUGUUUUACACAGAGCACAAACCUUAUUACCCCUCAACCAGCUAAAGCAGGUGAGAGGCCAUUUCCAUGUUCUGAGUGUGGGAAAUGUUUUGCAUACAAUUCAGCUCUUGUUAGACAUCAGAGAAGUCACACAGGUGAGAAGCCAUUUUCUUGCUCUGAUUGUGGGAAUUGUUUUACCGAGAAAUCACAACUUGUUAUACAUCAGAGAAGUCACACAGGUGAGAAUCCAUUUACAUGUUCUGAGUGUGAGAAAUGUUUUGCAUGCAAUCAAGCUCUUGUUAGACAUCAGAGAAGUCACACAGGUGAGAAGCCAUUUUCUUGCUCUGAGUGCGGGAAAUGUUUUACCUGGAAAUCACAACUUGUUACACAUCAGAGAAGUCACACAGGUGAGAAGCCAUUUACAUGUUCUGAGUGUGAGAAAUGUUUUGCACUCAAAUCAAAUCUUGUUAAACAUCAGAGAAUUCACACAGGUAAGAAGCCAUUUUCUUGCUCUGAGUGUGGGACAUGUUUUACCUGGAAAUCACAACUUGUUACACAUCAGAGAAGUCACACAGGUGAGAACCCAUUUACAUGUUCUGAGUGUGAGAAAUGUUUUGCACAAAAAUCAAAUCUUGUUUCACAUCAGAGAAUUCACACAGGUGAGAAUCCAUUUCAAUGUUCGGAGUGUGGGAAAUGUUUUUUACACAAAUCAGAUUUUGUUAAACAUCAGAGAAUUCACACAGGUGAGAAGCCAUUUUCUUGCUCUGAGUGUGGGAAAUGUUUUUUACAGAAAUCACAACUUGUUACACAUCAGAGAAGUCACACAGGUGAGAAGCCAUUUUCUUGCUCUGAGUGUGGGAAAUGUUUUAAACGUAAAUUACAACUUGUUGCACAUCAGAGAAAUCACACAGGUGAGAAGCCAUUUUCUUGUUCUGAGUGUGGGAAAUGUUUUACUCAUAAAUUACAACUUGUUGCACAUCAGAGAAGUCACACAGGUGAGAAGCCAUUUUCUUGCUCUGAGUGUGGGAAAUGUUGUGCAAACAAAUCAGCUCUUGUUACACAUCAGAGAAUUCACACAGGUGAGAAGCCAUUUUCUUGCUCUGAGUGUGGAAAAUGUUUUGCACAGAAAUCACAACUUGUUACACAUCAGAGAAUUCACACAGGUGAGAAGCCAUUUUCUUGCUCUGAGUGUGGGAAAUGUUUUUUACAGAAAUCACAACUUGUUACACAUCAGAGAAGUCACACAGGUGCGAAGCCAUUUUCUUGCUCUGAAUGUGGGAAAUGUUGUGCAAACAAAUCGGCUCUUGUUACACACCAGAGAAUUCACACAGGUGAGAAGCCAUUUUCUUGCUCUGAGUGUGGGAAAUGUUUUUCACAGAAAUCAAAACUUUUUACACAUCAGAGAAGUCACACAGGUGAGAAUCCAUUUUCUUGCUCUGAGUGUGGGAAAUGUUUUGCACAGAAAUCACAACUUGUUACACAUCAGAGAAGUCACACAGGUGAGAAUCCAUUUUCUUGCUCUGAGUGUGGGAAAUGUUUUGCACAGAAAUCACAACUUGUUACACAUCAGAGAAGUCACACAGGUGAGAAGCCAUUUUCUUGUUCUGAUUGUGGGAAAUGUUUUACUCAUAAAUUUAAACUUGUUGCACAUCAGAGAAUUCAGACAGGUGAGAGGCCGUUUCCAUGUUCUGAGAAAUAAGCUCUUGUUGCACACAAUAGACAUCACUUAGGUUAGGAACCAUUUUAUUCUUCUGGAGUAUACUUACCAUUGCCAUGUAACGUUCUUAUCCUAUCUUCCAUGAUUUUUGCAAUAUACAUGCUACCGCAGGGUGAAACAAUCAGACGUCAUGUCCUCGUUUACCACUGCUAUGCUGAUGACCUGUCUUUUGCUCUGGGUAGUGAGAACCCAAUACCAAUCCUAAAUGUCUAGCUGAGCUCCAGGUGUGGGUGAUGCCAGUUGGCUGUGACUCAGUCCUGGUGAAACAGGUCCUUAUGAUAGAAGGUCACCAACAAAGGGCAGGGCUACAGCUCAGCUUUGCCUACCAACCAGACUUACACUUGGGGGUUCAGAGUUACAAAAUGCUUAUCCUGUGUGGAAUCUUGGUGUCCUGGAUGGUGGAGUGACACUUAGACAUCAGGUAUCAGCCACAAUCAGAUCCUCAUCUGAGGAACAUAGACAGACAGACAGUCAUACAUGUAUUUGUAUCAUCACACACAGAACACUGUAAUAUCCUCUACCUGGGUUUCACAGCAAAAAAAUUGCACCACUUGUAGCUUGUACAGAAUCCAGCAGCCAGUCUGUUACCUAAUCAGCCCGUUCCUGCCUCAAAACGCCCAUUCUCUGCUCCCUCCACCGGCUGCCUGUAAGAUAGUGACUAUUACAUAAUCUGCUUACUGACUCCCAGCCCUAUGUGACCAGGGUCCGUGGUACCAGAAGCAGCUUCUGCCUCCUUACUGCCCUGCUUGCUUUCUUCCAUCUGCAGAUGAAGGACUGUUACCAGCAGUACCAAGAAACCCCAUGCAGUACUGAGAUGUCAGGGGGGAGACAGGAUGGGUGGCACUAUUGCUGUAGCGGGGGAUGCCGGAGGCAUUGUCUGUGGGUAUAUUGUUCCCAAGCAGCACUGAGGUGGCAGAGGGAGGGAGGACGUGGCAGGAGGCAGUGUCUGCGAGCAAUCUUGUCCUCAAGCAGCACUAAGGUGUCAGAGGGGGAGACAGGAUGGGUGGCAGUAGUGAUGGGAGACAGGGCUGGUGGCAGAAGUGGGGAGAGACAGGGUGGGUGGCAGUAAUACAAUAGCGGCGCUGCUGGAGGCAGUGUCUAUGUGGGUAAUCUUGUCCGCAAACAGCACUGAGGUGUCAGAGGGGGAGACAGGGCGGUUUUUCACAGUGCAGUACCAGGGGCUGCUGGAGGCAGUAAAGAGGUGUAUGGGUUCUGCACAGAACCAGUUGAUAAUUAGGACUUAAUGAUUAUUAUGCUUCCUUUUUUCUAAUUAAUCCCUUGUAUGUGAUCAUUUAUUGUUAUUUGUCAGCCUUUAUGUGUGUUCUGUGUAAUAAUCCUGAAAGUAGUGGUGCUACCGGUCUCCUAUCAUUUGACUUAACUUGCAAAAAAUGAGUAAAAGAUGAGAUAUGAGGUGCACUCUGGAAGCUCAUAGGGGGUUAAUCAGAGAUGAAUGCAGAUGUGACAUCACGCAGCCCCCGGAAAACGGUUCCAGUUCACUCCACGUUAACCCCUCAGGAAUGCGACCACAAUGCGUGUUUGUGUGGCUGCUGCACAUGUGCGUUUUGCCACAACCGGCAAACUGCUGCGGGCCACUAUUGUUGCCGAGUCUGAAUGACCCCGAUAGGCUUUUGGCUCUUCUGAUAUGUAUCUUUUACUUACCUGCAAUACUAAUAUAACAUUAUUUCUGUGCUUUAAAGGUUAUUUCUCUUACAUCCUAGAGGAUGCUGGGGA